AUGUUGGAGAGCAGGCCGGGGCGGAGCCAAUUGCCAGGGAGCAUCGCCCAGCGCCCAGCCUGGACAAGCAAACCAUCCCAUCUGCCGUUGCGGCACGUGGGAAUCGCCCGCCCAGUCGCGUUAGCCCGAUCUCCCUCGUCAUAUCGGACGGGUGGUGUGGUCUCGCUGCCGCCGGCUCCAUCGCGAUCCACCGCCCUCGACCAGGAGGGAGCAGGAGGGAGCACGCUGAGAAGCUCCGCCAAGCAUCGAGCAUCCCGCACCUGCACCAGCAUCACCAGCAUCAGCGGCCGGCACCUGCUCCCGAGCUCUCGCCGCCUCGAUGCUGGGCGGACUGGGUGGUGGGCGGCGGGGCCCGCAGCGAGGGCGCGAUUGGGCGGCGUCGACAAGCCUCCAGAGCAGCCUCGUGGCUCCAGCGUGGGAGCACUAGCGCGGGCGGGAUCUCCACACACGAGAUUGCCGCUUAACGGGAGGUGGUGCGAGAGACCUGCCUGUCUGAGCGGAGCCGAAAAGCAAAACCUCCUGGCCAUGGACACCGUGCGCCUCUCGGAGCGAGCAGCCACGGGCUCUCAGGCCUCAGGCAGGGCGCCGCCUCUGCUCCCGUGCUGUCUUGCCUGCCUCAGGUCUCCACGCUCCUCCCCGACGCAGCCUGGGUUGCUCUUCAUCAAACCUCAACGGCCUCGCUACCGCGUAUCGCUGCACGCACUGACCGCGAGAGGCUGCCAUCCCUCGAGCUAUCCUGUACCAUUCGCAAUGCCCAGCCAUCCUGGAGCCAUCAUCGAGCCAGCGCCGGCCAGGCAGCUCCAUGGACUCCACCGGGCCAUGACUUGCGACAGACGGGACAGACCCCCGAGCCCGCGGCCGGACUUUUGGCCAAACGGCCUCAACACAGCCUCUUUGCGCGCCCAUGCCUCCCGUCGGCCCUGCAAGCUCCUCGACCGCGCGAGCCACUCAGCCGUCGCUGCAGCCAAACACGGCCCGGACAGGCGAGCACAUGUGUUUCGCGGCCUUGCGCACUGCAACACCAAACCACCAUCGCACCGUGGCCACGGCGCCCGCAGGCCGAGUUGCACGCGCCCGCCAGCCUCUCUUUGUCCUGACGACCUGCCUGCUGCGCUCGCGUUGCACACCAAGCCCAUGACUCGAUCGCCCGCGCCGAAGAUGCCCCCGCAGCCUCACAGAUCUCGUGCAACUGCGGCGUUGCAAGCUCCCCUCUGCCCUCCCACGCACCCCGGGCUGACUGGCCGCCUGCAUCAUGCCAGGGAGAGCACGGCAGCGUUUCCAUCACGUUCGACCUGCCACGGCAGCCGCAAACUCGCCCUGCCAGGCCUUCACCAUCGCCCUCAAGAGUCGACUCCACCCCUCCGCAUCGCAGCCAGUCGGAACCCGCCAGCCCCGAGGCGGCGUCGCACAGAGGGGUACGGUAGCCAUCGCUUGCUUGCAUCGUGUGCCUAGCUGCCGCUGCAUGUCAUUCCUAAAUCUUCUCCACUGUCUGGUUCUUUCCAUCUUGGUACGUACCUCCCUCCCGAAUCUUGGUACAACGGCCGUAUGCGCCGUCCCAGACUCACCCUCAGCUUGACGCAUUGUGGCUGCUUUCACGCGCCUCCCAGUGCCUCGAGGCGCCGAUCGCUGUCGGCGUCCGAGGCGUGAACUGAGAAUGGACUCCGAUGCCGCUCGGUGAGCUCCUAGCAUCAUGGGGUAUCAUCUAGAUGCCGCCCAUCCCAACAAAGGAAUGAAAAGCAAUCAUCUUGCGUCCUCCUUCAACCUGCUGCCCCUCUGUUACACGCGCCAAUAGGCCUCCUGACUACAGGACCAAAAUAGCAUCCGGUACGCUCAUUCCUUCGUGGUCUACGAUUGCGGGCAAAAGCAACAGCAAGCUUCUUCAUCUGGCCCGUUGAGCGCCAUGAUUGCCAUCGUGCUCUCCAGAUGCAUC